CAAGCAUCUCGGCAUCUCGCACCAUCUUCUGCUUCUGUCGACUGCAUAUCGAGCGGCACGGUGGAGAACUGUGCAUUCCCACACUGUGCAUUCCCGCUGGACCAGGAACUCCGAGGUCCCACGGCGCACAUCCUGACCCGUGUCGUCACUGAACAACCUCGCCUCGAGCAAUCCACUGACCGGUGAAGAUGAAAUGAACGAAUAGUCCCAGAGACCGCGUCUCAAUUCCUCGCAAUGGCCUUGCAGUAUCUACGGCCGUCCCAGGCAAUUCGCAGAUGUCCGAUUCUCUGCCGCGCUGGGCCCUCGCCCGCAGUGCCUCGCGCCAUCAACCUGCACCUACGGCGUCUAGUCUCCACCUUCAACGCCUCACUCCGCCCUGUUACUCGCCCUAAUAUUCACCCUAAUACUCGAAACAUUACCACCAUGACGAGUCCCGAACCCGCCUUAUCCCCGAGCACCCCCGUAACCCCGAUCUUCUCCCCCUCCCAGCCCGCCGACCUCCCCGCGCGCGCCACCUCGCUGCUGCAAACCUCGUCCUGGACGCUGACGCCCUCGCGCAUCGCCAUCACGCGCGUCUACCGCUUCAAGACGUUCAAGGCCGCGUGGGCGUUCAUGAACCAGGUUGCUGACGAGUGUAAGCGGCAGCGGCACCACCCGUCGUGGCAUAAUUUGUACAACGAGGUUACGAUUGAGUGGACGACGCAUCGGCCGAAGGGGUUGAGUAUUAAGGAUGUGGAGAUGGCCGAGUUUUGCGAUAGGGUUGCGGAGGAGGGCGGGGCGGUGGAGGGAGAGGAGGGGCGGAGAUGCUGUUAGGUGAGGAUGCUGCUACGUCUGGGUGUAUAUCGGGGUAAGGUGGAGGAAAGAGAGGACGAGAUUUGCACAUGCAGCACGUAUAGGCCUAAGAGUUGGAUAGUACGGCAGUCAAAAGGGUAGUAUCUUUGGACCAUUGAAUCAUCAAGGUCAACUCUCGAGGACUGCUGGCAAGUCAACCACUCAAUCGUAUAAUCACUUCUCACAAUGAAACCAUCAACAACCUUCAC